AUGAUUCAAAGCGACCCCAGCAAGUCCACCGUCGCUAUCAACAUUGCCACCAAGGAUGACAAACAAGACUUAAUUUUUGUCGAGCAAGGCAUCGCUGCCAAGAUGAAAGACCAUCAGAUCACAGGCGUACGGUUCAUGUGGCGUGAGCUGACUGCACAGGGGGACGAUGCAGGUCAAGGCUGUGUACUGGCGCACACCAUGGGCCUAGGCAAGACCAUGCAGACUAUUGCUGUCCUCGUCGCGAUCAACGAGGCAGCACAGUCUCGCAACAAGCGACGUCAAUUGCGCACGUUGGUACUCUGUCCCCCUUCACUUGUCGAAAAUUGGCGUUGUGAGAUCAACAAAUGGGCAGGCCACAUCUUUCAAAACGUUUAUGCCGUUGGGACUGGCAGCAGCAAUAAGGAGAUGAAUCAGAGGCUCGACCAGAUGCGAACCUGGCACCAGCUAGGCGGUGUCCUCCUUGUCGGAUAUACGAUGUUCCUCAACAUGCUUGUUGUUGCCGAUGAAGCUCACUACCUGAAGAACGACAAAGCUCUCGUGUCGAGGGCUGCAAAGAUGAUACGCAGCGAGAGCCGUAUCGGGCUAACAGGCACCCCCAUGAGCAACGAUGUGGAUGAGAUUUACUCUCUGAUAUCCUUCGUGGCGCCGGACUAUUUGGGAGAGCGUGGCUGGUUUACACAGCAAUUCUCGACUCCCAUCAAGGAGGGCAACGGCAGAGAUAGUACAUUGUCCCAGCGUCGAAGAUCUCUCAAAAAGCUCGCCGUGCUUCACAGUAAGAUUGAGCCAAAGGUCAAUCGUGCAGACAUUACCGUUCUCCGUGGGUCCAUCAAAUCAAAGGUGGAGUAUGCUGUCACAAUGCCCCUUACAGCGGUGCAACAUGCAGCCUACCAAAAGUUCCUGGGCGUGCUGCUUCGCACGGAGGAUAAGGAGAAAGCCAGCCAAGUACGGAUCUUCGACGGCCUUGCGGUGGACCUGGACAAGAUUGGUGACAUUGACGACACACUUCGUGUUCUGGGCUUCUCGAACGAGACCGUCGAUCAUCUGGUCAGUGACAUUGACGACGAGUUGGAUCCUUCUUUGUCCUCUAAGAUGUCUCUGCUCAUCGACAUCAUCAAACUAUCGAAAAGCUGCGACGACAAGGUGCUUGUAUUUUCUAGCAGCAUACCGACCCUUGACUAUGUUGCACAGCUUCUCAACAGCCGUGGCUAUCGAUGCGGGAGGAUUGAUGGCAACGUCGCAGCGAACAAGCGUCAACAAGUCGUGGAGAACUUCAACAACGGCAUCGACGACGUCAUGAUAAUCUCUACGAGAGCAGGCGGAGUCGGACUCAAUAUUCAGGCUGCAAACCGUGUCGUUAUACUCGACUCUGGUUUCAAUCCAGCUCACGAGGAGCAAGCUAUCGGUCGUGCAUACCGACUCGGUCAGGAAAAGCCAGUAUUUGUGUAUCGCCUCAUCAUCGGCGGUACGUUUGAGGACGAGAUUCACAACAAACAACGCUUCAAGCAGUCUCUGACCUCACGAGUUGUGGAUAAGAAGAAUCCAAAGCGGAACGCCACUCUGAACUCACGAGAGUGGCUUUUCGAG